UCUCUGUUGACAACAUGGGACAGCAUCUAGGAAAACGCGAGCCACAGCCGCAGAGCAAGCCUUCGUCACCAGAAGCAGAACAGACCAUAGAACCAGCACCCGUUGGUGAGACCAUGGCAGAACCCGAAUCACAAGACGAGGUCUUUGGCCUGGGCGAGGCAGAUGUGAACCCGAACAAUGGCUGCCCCUCUGAGAAGGCGGCGGCGGUGACUGACUCCACGGGCGCUGAGGGGCCCAACAGCUAUGAGGCCAGCACAGCUGAUGCUGACGAUAGCGCCGUGCCACGCCCCCACCUGGUCCGCCUCUUCUCCCGAGAUGCCCCGGGCCGCGAGGACAACACCUUCAAAGACCGCCCUUCUGAAUCGGAUGAGCUGCAGACCAUCCAAGAGCACAGCGGAGCAGGAUCAGAGUGCGGUUCAGAGGAUCAGGAUCUAGACUAAGU